GAGACCACCGCGGCAGCGGGGGGGGGAGCGGGGCAGUCCAGGCACAGACAGAGCUGGGUUUUCCGGGCGGCACCGCUGCGAGAAGGCGGCGGAGGGACGGAGCGGGCCAGGGAGACGCUAGCGGAGCCGGUGCCGAUGCCGAGGAGCAGCUGACGGCGGCGGGGACGCGGAAAUGGAGCUGCGGCCGGGCCGAGCCGUGCGGGCGCUGUGCGGCCUCUUCCUCCUCCUCCUCCUCCUCCUGCAGCAUCCCGGCCGCGCCGAGCGGGCCCCCGGCUCCCAGCUGGACGACUCUGCCAUCGCAGAGUUCUGCCGCAUCGACAAGGCCCUGUGCCACGACGAGGACGAGCAGCUCAGCUUCGAGGCCGUGCGCAACAUCCACAAACAGAUGGACGACGACGCCAACGGCAACGUGGACGUGGAGGAGAGCGACGAGUUCUUGAGGGAAGACUUGAAUUACCAUGACCCAGCCGUCAAGCACAGCACUUUCCAUGGGGAAGACAAGCUCAUCAGUGUGGAGGAUCUCUGGAAGGCCUGGAAAACAUCUGAAGUGUACAACUGGACGGUGGAGGAGGUGGUUCAGUGGCUCAUUUCCUACGUGGAGCUGCCCCAGUACGAGGAGACCUUCCGCAAGCUGCAGCUCAGCGGCCACGCCAUGCCCAGGCUGGCAGUGAACAACGCCACCAUGAUGGGCACGGUGCUGAAGAUGACGGACCGCAGCCACCGGCAGAAGCUGCAGCUCAAGGCUCUGGACACGGUGCUCUUCGGGCCCCCUCUGUUGACUCGUCACAACCACCUCAAGGACUUCAUGCUGGUGGUGUCCAUCGUCAUCGGCGUGGGCGGCUGCUGGUUCGCCUACAUCCAGAACCGCUACUCCAAGGAGCACAUGAAGAAGAUGAUGAAGGACCUGGAGGGUCUCCACAGGGCUGAGCAGUCUCUCCAUGACCUACAGGAGAGGCUGCAGAAGGCGCAGGAGGAGCAUCGCUCCGUGGAGGUGGAGAAGGUGCACCUGGAGAAGAAGCUGCAGGACGAGAUCAGCAUUGCCAAGCAGGAGGCACACAGGCUGCGGGAGCUGCGCGAGGGCACCGAGAACGAGCUCAGCCGGCAGAAAUAUGCGGAGCAGGAGCUGGAGCAGGUGCGGAUGGCGCUGAAGAACGCGGAGAAGGAGCUGGAGUCCCACUGCAGCUGGGCAGCCCCCGAGGCCCUGCAGAAGUGGCUGCAGCUGACCCACGAGGUGGAGGUGCAGUACUACAACAUCAAGAAGCAGAACGCAGAGAAGCAGCUGCUGGUGGCCAAGGAAGGGGCUGAAAAGAUCAAAAAGAAGCGAAACACCCUUUUUGGGACGUUCCAUGUUGCUCAUAGUUCCUCUCUGGAUGAUGUCGAUCAUAAAAUCUUAACUGCAAAACAAGCCCUGAGCGAGGUGACGGCGGCGCUGCGGGAGCGGCUGCACCGCUGGCAGCAGAUCGAGCUGCUCUGCGGCUUCCAGAUCGUCAACAACCCCGGGCUGCACUCGCUGGCCUCGGCCCUCAACAUCGACCCGGGCUGGAUGGGCACGCCCCGGCCCAACCCCUCCCACUUCAUCAUGACCGACGACGUGGACGACCUGGACGAGGAGCUGGUGUCACCCAUGUCCAUCCAAUCUCCGGCCUUGCCCAGCACAGUCCGGCAGCGCCUGGUGGAGCCGCAGCACGGCCACGGAUCGCAGAGGUUGGUAGAGAGUCUCGUGCCGGGGCAGCCCGAGGCGGGCCCCGCGGCCCCGUUCCGGGCGGGCCGAGUGUCCCUGCGCCGAAUGCACAGCCUCACCUCCGGACAGUCCUUCAGCUCCGACCUGCCCGGCUCCAGCCCAUCGCCUGCCUCCACCUCCUCCACCUCCUGCUCCUCAUCCACCACCACCGCACCUGCUCCUGCUUGCCAUGUCCACCCUAUCUAUUACCAUCACACCACCUCUUAUUUCCUCCAGAUGGAUUCCAUCCCCGACCUGCCCCCUCCUGAUGUCACCUCUGGAGUUCGCUGUCGCACUGGGAGCUUUGGAGAUUUAACUCGCUGCGACUCCGACUCCUCCAUCCCGCACCUGAGCGACCACCAGCGCCUCCCCAGCUCGGCGCCCAAGCUGCUGGCUGCCCGGCCCACGCUGCUGACCCGCUCCAUGGAGGAGGCUGUCCCCGGGGCCCCCGGCGCGCCCACCCCCAACGGCGGCAGCCGGCACGGGGAGCCCUCCGCCCUGGCGGCCUUGCAGGAGCGGCUGCCCGAGAGCCCCAUGGUGAUGAAGAAGAUGAUGAUGGUGAACCACGGCAUGGAGAAGUCCUCCAGCCUGGGGGAGAUCAGCCACCCGACGGCCGGCAAGCCCAGCCACUCGGAUUCGUCCCGGUCGCACAGCCCCAGCUCCACCGACCCCGACACCCCCUCCCCCACCUCUGACUGCCGGCCCAGCGGCGCCAGGAACACCCGCAUCCCGCAGCUGGCCGCCAAGAAGAGCCCGGGGGACGAGGACAGCAGCCUGACGGGCGACGAGGUUGAUGUCAGCCAGAUCAAGAAAAAGUUCCCCCUAAAGAUCUUCAAGAAGCCCAAGAAGUAGGGGGGGACCCCCCCGGACGUGUCCCGCCAGGCCCGGGGCCGGCCGUGCACCGGGAACGCAGCGCGGCCCCGGCACCCCUGAGUCACCCCCAGCGCCGGCACGGGAGGAGCUAUUUAAACUUAUUUAUUUCCUCAUCUCCGAGACGAAAAUCCGCCACGCCGCCGGCUCCCCCGGGAGAAGAGCCGCCCUGCCCUCCCCUCCGACCGCUGCGGUCCCGGCUUUGCUGUGCAUGGCUUCCAGUUACUCCUGCUCUGCUCAGCCACGCGGCCUUUGGGUUUGGUUUCAAUGUGGUUUUAUUUUUUUUUUUAAAUUUUAUUUUUUAUUGUUGUUAUUAAUUUGUUUUCCUGCCUCCUCCGACUUUUGCACAGGCUGACGGAGGGCCGGGGCGGUGCCGGCUGCCCCGCGCUCCCCUGGGGUGACUCAGGUCGCAGCGGUUCUCCCUCCUUUCCCCGAGUCAGGGCUGCCCCUGGGAAGGGGAUCCCCUCCUGAGCAGCUCCCACAGGGGGAGGACUCCGCCCUUGCCGGUACUUGUGUGUCCCCCACUGCCCUGCCCAGUGCCUGGGGGAGGUUGGGACACAGCGGGAGCAGCCCACGCCUGUCCCCGGCUCUCCUUCCCCGGGCACCCUCCCCAGCCCCCCAGACUCCGUGCCCUGGGGAGCGCCUGAGGGCCCUGGUGACAAGGGACAGCGAGGCAGGGCCAUCCCGAGGGUGUUGGUGCAGAGCCAGGUCCAGCCGCCACAUCCGCACAAAGAGGAGGGGGCUCCCGGGAGCAGGGCCCGUCCCCUGUCCCCUGCCCCCUGUCCUGGCUGGGCAGGGCCAGAGGGAGGGACCAGGACACAGCGGGGCUCUCCAGGGCAGGGGACAGGCUGUGCCCGGGUGGCAGGACCAUGACAGAGUCCUCCCUGCCCUGGAGCAGGCCGGGUGCUGGGGCUCGGUGCCCUCCCGAGGGACGCAGGAGGCUCACACUCACACAGGCAGUGUCCCCUGCCCUGAGGCCACCGGCGUGUCCCUGGCUGUGCCCGCUGCCAGCACAGCCUGGCCCGGCUCUCAGCCUGUCCUGAGCCACUCCCAGGGGCUCUCCCGUCCUCCCCCAGCACAUUGGGGGUCACAUCCUGCUGCUCACAGCCCCCGGCUCACCUCGGGCUGUCCCCAUCACAGCCCCGGCCACUGAGGGGAUCCCCAGUCAGGGCAGCAACUGUGCCUGAGUGCCACUCCCUGCAAGGGCCGAGCCUGUCCCAGGGGAUCAGCCCUGCCCCAUCCUAGGGAAGAGCACAGUUCCAUCCUUGGGAUGAGCCCUGCCCCAUUCCCAGGGAUGAGCACAGUCCCAUCCCAGGGCUGAGCACAGUUCCAUCCCAGGGAUGAGCCCUGCUCCAUUCCUGGAUCCUGCUCCACCCUGAGGGAUGAGCCCUGCCCCGUCCCUGGCCCCUGCCCCACCCCAGGGCUGAGCCUUGCUCCACCGCCUUGCCCCCUCUCCCAGCUCCUCCAGGAGCAGCCCCCAGCCCCGGGGCUGCCAGGGGCCCCAAGCCCCCUCCCACCCCCCUGGAGGCGGCUCCCUGGCACCACAUGAACCCCCGAGCCCAGGUCCCUGUCCUCACCACCCCACUGUCCCCAGACCACCAUCCCACACAUCCUUGGGGGUCCGGAGGGGGCUGCUCCUGCCGAGGCAGAGGAGGAUGCACAACGGGGGGAGGAAGAGGAGGCUGGGCCGGAUGCCGAGAGGCCCCGGGGCCUUGCUUUAUGCCAGAGUAAUAUAUUUGUGUCUUGACAAUUCAGGAAGGGCUACAAAGGUGUUUUUUGUUCCGUAGGUGGGAGUUAAACAAUUUCACUGUUGCUUUGGGAUUAGUGAAAAAUUCCUCUCAAUGACUUUAAGUGCCUGCAUUUCCCUGGGGACGGGGGGACGCGCUCGGCCCCGCAGCCGGGGCUGCUGCCUGGACACCCCGGUCCGUGGGCACCCCGAUUCCGUGGGUACCCCGAUUUGUGGGCACCCUGAUCCCAUGGGUGCCCUGAUUCGUGGAACCCCGGUUCCAUGGGCCCUCCAAUUUAUGGGGACCCCGAUUCCGUGGGCACCCCGAUUUAUGGGCACCCCGGUUUGUGGGCACCCCACUGUCACAGGCAGGGUCCCCCAAGAGCGGGGCUGGCGGGGUCGGGGCCAGAGCUGCUGGUGGUGGCAGAGACCUGUGGAUGCUUCUGGAGAAGGGGUUGGGGAUCCACCAAAUGGCAACUGUUGACGCAUCUGCCAACUCUUGAUUUAAGGUGGUUUUUUGUUUUGUUUUUGUUUUUUUGUCAUUUCAUAAAACUUUUCAAUCCAAUAAAGCAUGUAGUCUAUUUUACGA